UUCCCUACCUCUUCAGGACCUGUUUCCAAAGUGCUGGAAAAUGACACCCUGGCUCCAGGCCCAGCUUUUGGGGUGUCUGGGAUGCUCAAGACUGGGUUGUCAGGAUGCAGUAAUCCAGGCAGUGUGGACCACACCAAAAGUCCUCUCCAGCCAGGACUGCUACCCCCAGAGCAGAGCUCCCGCCAGGAAAAAAAAAACAAAACAAAACCAAAAAUCCCACCCCAAACCACCACCUUUACAAAAAUACCCCAAAAGCUGAAACUUCAUGGGCUGAAGGCAACAGCCAGGACAAGUCGUGCCUUUGCCCCUCACAUCCUUUCUCCUAGGGGGGCUGGGGUGGGUUCAACCAGGGCAAGCCCCCCGAGCCAGCCAUGCUCUGCCUGGACCCCAGCCCCAGUGCAAGGGGGCCUGCUACCCACCCAGUUUGGAGCAUCUCCUGGUGCAAGGAGUCUUGCUCCACCCACCCAAUCUGGGGCGUCCCGCUGUGCAGGGGUCCUGCUCCCCUUUCCCCCCACCCAGGAGCAUCCCCAGUGCAUGAGACUCCAGAGACGGGUCAUUCCCGUCUCACUUUCCUGCUUGGGACGAAGCAUCCCGAGCCCAAGGCGGGGAUACCCCGGGGUGGAGGGGCCCCAGGGCCGGAGCACCCCCGCCGGGCGCCCAGGGCCAGCCCCGGGGGCGGGCAGGCUGCGGCCGGGGGGCCCUGCCCGCGGCUCGGGGGUGCAGAGCACCCUCUCCCGGCGCUGCCUGCGAGCAGCUGCGGGACUUUUUUUUUUUUUUUUUUUUUUUAAUUUUAAUUUUUUUUCUGCCUGCCAGCCCCAGCUGGGGCGGUUCGUCCCGUCCCGUCCCGUCGCGUCCCGCCCGGGCCCGCCGGGCAGCGGAAGGCUCUCGCCGGGGGAUGCAGCGCCCCACGCCCCGCGGCUGAGCGGGCUCCCGGCCGGGGCUCCAUGGGCUGCACCGGCAGCGCUCUGCGCUGCUGCCCCGCCGGAGGCAAGCCCCCUCUCUCUCUGCCAGAGACAGCUAAAAACCCAGCAGCAGAGCGGACCGGCUUCCCAGGAGCUCACAGCCUUGAAGACAGAGAACGCCAAUGCCACCCUGUUGCCUGAGGAUGGGAAGGAGAAGGCAGCACUGCGAGAGGAGCGGACAGAGAGCACAAGACUCCUCCAAGGUCGGGAGGAGGAGCAGUUGCAGGAUGCCAGCUGGACAGGCACUGAAAGAAUGGCCCCAGACAUUAACCUCCAGGUGGGAAAGGGAAAAAACCUGGAGCUGGAGGAGCAGUUCAAUGCCCUGAAGAAGGAGCACACAGAGACCCUGCAAGAGCUCCAGAGAGUGCAUGAGCAGGAGAAGCUGCUGCUGGCAGAGUCCCACCACAGGUCCCAGGCGGCCUUACAGGAGACCAUCCAGGCACUAAAUUCCCAGCUGAAAUCCUUCCAGGAGAGGAUGAAGCGGGUGGAGGAGUCGCUCUUGAGCACAGACUACAAGAAGCACAUCCAGGAGCACGGGAGCCCCAGCCCCUUCUGGGAGCAGGAGCUGGAGAGCCUGCACUUUGUCAUCGAGAUGAAGAACGAGCACAUUCACGGCCUAGACAAGAAGCUGCUGAACCUGGAGACUGUGGCGGAGAGAAACCUUCUGCUGGAGGAGAAGGUGAAGACCCUUCAGCAGGAGAACGAGGACCUGCAGGUUCGCACUCAGAACCACUUGGUCAUGGCAAGGCAGCUGUCAGAGGAGCUCCUGGCCACCCGCGGGGCGCUGGAGAAGGAGACACAGCUGCGGGAGCAGGCUCACCAUGAGAAGGAGGAGCUGCUGUACCGCGUGCUCAACGGCGGGGAUGGGUCCCCCUUCCCCAUCGCUGCUGGCGAGGUGCCCCUCAUCACCACGUAGCACACCGCCAACCAGCACCACGCGCUGCUGGAGGGGACCACUGCGCUUUCCUCCGGGCGCAUGAGCCCAGGGCUGCUCUCACAAGUGCCCCACUGCAGGGGCAGAGCCCUGGGCCAGCUGAGACCUCAGGGCUGCCCGUCUGACUGGACAAUGGAGCAUUUCACAGGACACUUGUGCCUGCCUUUGCCCAGCCCGUGCAGGGCUGCCAGGGAACCCCAGCCACUCCCCCAUGCCUUAGCUGCACCCCUUUCUCUGGUGGAAGGCUGGGGGUGGGCUUUCUGAAGGUAAAAGGGGUCAACCAGGAGACACAGAUGUGCAUUGGGCUGGAUCUGACCCAGCACUUGGCUCUGAACAUAACCAGCUCAGUGUUGCCUUGGGGCAGAGAAACAAGGAAGAUGAGGUGGGCACUGGAAUGUCAUGGGGAUGAGCACCAGGAGGAUGAAGAGGGUGCUGGAGACAUAGUGGUGUUAAGGUACCUCACUCCCUGAGAAGUGGAUGAGCCACAGAGGCUUUCAUGGGGCAGCAGCAACGGGCAGGAGGGAUGGGUGCAGCCAGGUCUGUCUACCACCCCCAGCACUGCCCUUGACAUAGACCGUGUCAACCUGUCUUGCUCUGGGGCUUGGCCUCCUGCUCAGGCUGCUCCGAGCCGAUGCCACCCACUCCUGCCUUCCCCAGUGAAAGCAGGGCUUCCCCUGCCCAGGACCUGCCUCUCUCCCUGGAGAGAGGGGGUCCAAGCAGGGGUCCCACCCAUGCCCUCCUCUCCCCAUCACCGCCUCCAUCUUCAGUGAAUGGCUCCCACCACCCAGGUGUGCCCCCAGUGACCACCAUGCAGAGGCCAAGUCCUUUUUGUCCCCGCUGUCCAUCAGCAGCACCACCAGCCCCGUGUUCUCCCCUGAAGCUGGGCAGAGGCUGUGUGCCCAGAGCUGCACAUUUGGGGAGCAGAGCGUCCUCCUAAGUGGGAGAAGGCUUCAGCGGUGGCUGCCAGCAGGUCAUACCCCUCCCUGCUCCAAGCCAGCGCAUCCCCAUCUAGGAAGACACUGCCAGUGUGGCUGUGGGGCCGUGGCUCAAGGCUGGAUGCACACAAGCACUUUCCUCUGGGCGCACAAGUGUGGUGGGACGGUCACUGCUCCGGGGGCUGUCACUGGCCUGUCCCCUCCCCAGGGCUGUUUAGCUGAGGGGUGCAUGUGCCUCUGUGUGUGUGUGUGCGCACCAGGCCAACGUGCUACUGGCUGUAAUAAUUAAAAGUCUGUAAGAAGCAGCA